AACAAAGCUACAAACACGAAUGCCUUCUCAUAUAGUCCAUAGUUUUUGGAUAUUUUUUUUAAAAAAAAUUAAAAAAAAAGGUAUCUGGAAGGUGAUGUUUUUUUCCUUUUCCUUUUCUUUUCUUUUCGUAGAACCCCCUAGUUUCCACCACGACUCUCGUACUCUCGUCUAGUUUCAUCGAUAAUUGACUUAUCGCUUCUAUCUCUAUCUCUCUCUGUCUUUUACUCUUGGAAAACCAUGGCCGAUCACUGGUGGGAUGUGGUACAUAAUAAGCUGUACGGUGGCCACCCGUGGAAAUACCACAGCUUCGUAGGUACCGAGCCCAACACCUGGGAAGAGUACAUCAGGCCCGUCAUGGUAGACAAAUCGGCGGCACUAGGAAACGAGGGCAGCACGCAGUCCGGACGGCCGCAGAACGCGAAUCACGAUGCAGCAACAACGGCUAGUCAGUUCGGAGAGAAACAGGGGAGGAAUUAUGAAUCCGACGGGCUGUUGUCAGAGGGGCUGGGGAGCGACAAGGAGAACAUCCGCGGGGGCACACGCUCGACUGCUGCAGCUCGCCGGAGCGUGCAGAGGCCUAGGCCUAGGGCCAGGAGCGCGCCGCAGACGAGGCAGCGGCAGCGGCGGAACACGCUGGACCGUUUACUCGAUCUCAGCAUCGGCCCCGAGGCGCCCGGAUCUCCUCCGGCGGGACGCGGAGACGAGGCGCAGAUUAGCGACGUCCUGGGCCCGAUGGGUUUCUGGCGAAACCGGGCGUACCGCGUGCAGAAGCGGGUCGGGGAUUUCUUGGGGCGCACGGGGUCCAUUUUCUACCCGGCGUACAGCGUAGACGAGUCGCAGCUGGAUGCUCUCACCGUCGAAAUCGACCGCAAGGAGAACCCGCUGCCGUCGCCGGAGCAAGUUAGUGAAGGCGAGCCCGUCUCGUACCCCGACAUAAGCGGUCAGGUAGUUGGAUCAGCAGCCGCCGCAGCCGCGGCUUCUUCUCCUCCUUCUCCUCCUCCCCCUGACGCCCAGGCUCAAGUAACCGACAGCGACAGCGACGGCGACGACGCAACACCCACAGUCCCGCAGGGCACCACACUCAGCGAAGUCCUCGGCGAGCAGGAAGCGCGAGAGCUAGAAGAAAGACUCCAAAAGCUCAGGGAAGACUCCGCUGUUCCUAUAGAGCCUGACAACCCCGGGCCGCAGGAAGCCGUCCCGGGAAAAGCUAUCGCGCUAGCCGCGUUGACGCCCCCCUCGCCGUCGUCCUCCAUCCCGAGGUCCUUCCACAUCAGCCAGACGGCGCACCUCGCGCCCUCGUUCGUCGCGGCACGGCAUCAUUUGCGGCAGACUACGGUCCGACGGCGACCUUCUCCUCCCGUAUCACCACAACCAACACAGCGGUAUCUUCCUACUCCUUCCCCUCCCCCUCCUUCUUCUUCUCCCACCCCUACCCCCUCGCCACGAUCUUCCCGGCGCCGCAGCUCCGGGGACACUUCCACUGGUACCAGUACCACGACUGCGACUACCACCGCCACAAACUACAACAGCAGCAGCAGCAGCGGUAGCAAUUCCCAAACCGAAACCUAUCAGGCCAAGUCCACGCAGCUGCUGUGGGACAGCGCGAAGAGGACUCGGGAGAUAUGGUUCGGCGUUGGACCCGGGACGGGGAGGGACGUGGGCGGGCGGAAGGGCCAGGGGAGGAGAGUUUAGGUACCUAAUCUUGGGUAGGUAAGUACCUUAGGGAAGCGAGUUUAAAGGUUAUGGGUUAGUUAGAGCGGGCUUGGGAUUUUUUUUUUUUAAAAAAAAAAAGAAUUUUACUUUUGGCUGAAAUAAGA